AUGGCCUCUACUCCAAACGACGUAACCAAAGGGUUGCCCCGAAAUUCCUCGAUUGACACCGCAAUAUCCGCGAUUUCAUCGAAACAAGCAGCAUCCUCCGGCAAGGGUGGCCUCCAGGAUGCACCGAGCUCCCCCGAUAUUGCAAGCCUGAUCAAAACGGCGGGCAGCCCAGAAGCUGUCAUACAAUAUUUACUCAAGGAAAAAAGCUCCCAGUCACAACAAAACAGCCAAUUAUGGAGACUAGUCGACAAGCAGCGAGGCAUGAUUUUGGGCCUCAACAAAGAUCUUGAGGCAGCCCUGAAAGAAAAAGAAAAGUAUAGGAGGAAACUCAAAGAAAUCAUGGCCAACCCGGCAGUAAUGCAGGCCGCAUCUGGGCAACUGGUUGAAUCGCCUGGCCUCGAUAGCUAUCGGGGUUCGAUGUCGCCUCGUAGUCCAAGGCCGCAUCCCAGGGUACAAACAAAUGGACCACCAGAUUCUCCAUCGCUUGAUUCAGACAGUCAGAAGGGCUCUCCCAUUGAUGUUCCCAUGGCACCUUACCCGAUUACCCCACCAGCCGAUAAGCCGCAUAUAUCACCAACUGCAGUAAGCGAAAUGCUCGACCCGAAACCCGCCAUGCCAAAGCCGCAAGAGUACGCGAUGGGCAAGUUUGAUCAUGAAGCAGAAUAUAAAGCCGCCGAUAGAAUCUGGAAAGAGACAAGCGAGGAACAACUUAGAGAGAUUCCGUACAAUGCUUCCCUACCACCGUCCCGAAGCUACGCGAGUGAACCACCCAAGGUUCCACCACCCAAGAUACCAACAGCUGCGCCAUCCGUGACCGUUGCUGAGCCUCCAUCAUCACCACAACCGGACCAGGGGCUUAGCCAAUUUCCUUCCCCUCCACGGAAGCCACCGCCGGCACCUCUGCAGCUGAAGCAACACGUCCGACGAAAUCUGGCGCCGGCCGCGGGGGAUGAUAGCGACUCUGACUAUGAUGGUAUUCUUGAAGUUGAUGAGAUGGUUGCUGAAACCCGAGGGCGACGCAAAACCAGAGAAGAUGACGAGAAAGAACGUCAAGCCAUUGCAUUCAGAAAUGCUCAAGAGUCAAGCGCCUCCAAACCCAGUCCAGAAAGUCCUAUCAAAUCCCCAGGCCAACCCGCAAGCCCUACAUCUCAAUCCAAAGCCCACGUGCAAGAGGAGUCCCACUCCAUAAAUGCUUUGCUGCUUGCUGCUGAGGACAUCGUGGUGCCACUUCAGAGUCCAGGAUUACCAGCUACCCCUCGUCCAUUUGGCAACAUUCCACAUUCAGCUUCUGCGCCUGUGUCUGCAAGGCUUGCUGGUGCGUCGGGUCCGCUGCCUUCUCGACCACCGCGACAACCCAUUAUUAUGCCCCCGAACACACCGUUAAUGUCCCCUCCACCUACAAGCUCGACCGGUUCCUCGUCUGGUACGCAGCUCAACGCAGGGAAGUGUAGCGACGAAGCGAGCCAACCUUCACCCACAGAACGUACAAAGAUCUAUAAAGGUCUUGUUACAGAGGAGUACCCAAAUCUGUUGUUGCCCCCCAACGCACUUCCAUCUAUCAAGGUCAAGGUAGCGUCUUCACGGAUGAAACCGUCAAGAGCUAGUCUUAUGUCUUUGACACAGCUGGAAGAAGACCCCGUCUUUACACUUGCUGUUAUUUCAAGAGCCGAUUGUAGUGAGCUCUGGCGAGUCGAAAAGGACAUCGCCUCGCUCAGCAAAUUGGACUCGAAGCUCAAGCAGUGCUCAGCUUGUACCGCCAAGACACCAGACCGCGCACUGUUCACCGGCCACGCUCCGGCCAAGUUAGACGCCCGGCGGGCUGCCCUGGAGGAAUACAUGGUCGAGGUUCUUGACACGCCAUUCGACACGGCCACGGCUGUUGAAAUGUGCAAGUAUUUGUCGACAAAUACACUUCCACCGAACGCUGAUGAGACAGGGUCAUCUUUCCGUCCAACCCCUGAAAGUAGUGGGCUUAAGAUUGGUGCAGAUGGUCGGCCACUUCGAAGCGGAUAUUUGACCAAAAAAGGCAAGAACUUCGGAGGCUGGAAAGCUAGGUUCUUUGUCCUGGAAGGGCCGGAGCCAGAGUUCAAGUACUACGAGACCCCCGGAGGAGCGCAUCUCGGUACCAUUAGGCUUCGGAAUGCCCAAAUCGGCAAGCAAUCUCAUACACAGACUCACGAAAACCAGUCGCCGGCACAGCCAACGGCAGGGGAAGACCUUGACAACCAAUUCAGGCACGCAUUCUUAAUCAUGGAACCUAAGAAGAGAGACUCAAGCGCCUAUGUCAAACACAUAUUGUGCGCCGAGAGCGACAAAGAGCGAGAUCUUUGGGUAGAUGUUCUUUUGCAGUGGAUAGAUUACCAAGAUGUAGAUGAUGACAAACAACCGCCACGCCAGGGUGCGAAGACCCCUCAUGAUCAGCCGUCUUCCGGACCUGACCAUCCCAGCACCGGUAAAUCAAAGAAGAGCGCCCCUAGCAAGUCGCAACACAAACACGCAAAUUCCGACACGUUGAUCGGAGUAAGAUACGAUUCAACGCACGCUGGUGAAGCACCCCAAAAGGGAUCCACUGGUCUUCCCGAGCAGUCCAGCUCACAUAACCUCGCCGGGGAGACUAUGUCCUCCCAGGCUAAUAAGUUGAUAUCUGCGCCCAAGGAUCCUCACAUCAUUUCAGAUUCAUCCGUCUGGGGCAACCGGGCAGGCCUUGGCGCUCCGACGCACGACGAAAAAAAGCAGCGAAAGCGAAGCUUUUUUGGAUUCGGAACCAAGACUCGGACCUCUUCUGACGGGCAGGACUCAUUGUUUGGAGGCAGCGACGCUGGAUCUUCUUCAGCUGUCCCUCCGUCUUACGGCCACCAAGGGCCCGUCCGUCAAGUGUUUGGAGCACCGUUGGCCGAGGCAGUUCGCUACAACCCGCCGGUUGAUGUCAACGUGCCACUGCCGUCUGUUGUCUAUCGAUGCAUACAAUAUCUCGACCACCAUACUGCCGUUGAUGAAGAGGGCAUCUUCCGACUAAGUGGAUCUAAUGCGGUUAUCAAACAGCUUCGCGAGCGAUUCAAUACGAAUGGUGAUGUGAAUCUUGUUGCUGACGAGCAGUAUCAUGAUAUUCAUGCGGUCGCAUCUUUAUUGAAGCUCUAUUUGCGAGAACUCCCAACUGCUAUUCUCACAACGGACCUCCACGUCCCCUUCUUGCACACCACUGAAAUUCCGGAUCUGGAUGAAAAGGUUGCAAAAAUGAACGAGCUGGCUCAAAGACUACCCAGGGCAAACGCAACCCUGUUGAAGUACUUGAUUGCGUUCUUGAUCCGAGUUAUAAAGAACUCCAAGGUUAAUAAGAUGACCGUACGCAAUGUGGGCAUUGUGUUCUCGCCUACGCUCAAUAUCCCUGCACAAGUGUUUGCCAUGUUCUUGCAGAACUACGAGGGCAUUUUUGGAAUCGAUCCCGAAGAGUAUGAGCUGCCAUCUUCAACCACAGACUCGGAAUCCAACGGGCAAGCGGGCGCACCUCCCCAACGAUUAGAGCCAACACGGCCCUCUACUUCAUCUGGCGGAAGCGCCUCGCCGCAUCCCCAGCAGCGAAUGGACCGCAGAAGAGAGCAUUCCAGGUCGACGCCGACGCCACCUCUGAUGUCUCAUGUCCAGGGUGCUCGAUCCACCCCUACGCCACCCCUGGUACUGCACGGAGGAGCUUCAAGACCAGCAUAUGAGAGCGGCUAUGGACUGCCUAAUGGAUUCGAUGGCCAUGGCUAUCACCCUGCGGCUAGAACUGCACCCGGGUAUGACCGGCCAAUCUAUCCGUCAGCAAGCGAGGAACACGGCGUCAACGAGCCGCAACAAAGUACUAAAUCAAGAAGGCGAGAGAGUUUGGUUUAUGUGGGAGGAGUUUCGGGUUUACAGCAUCACGGGUCAAAGAGCCGCCUUCGUGACGAAGGCGCACUCUUUUGA